UGUAUAAACAUCUGAUUCUUGAUAUCGUUUGUGGUAAAGGUGGUAAAACAACAUUCGAGACUUCGGAAUACUUCAAUAGUGAAUGCUAUAGUUGGAAUUAAAUUUGCAAAGACCAAACUGUUUUCUUCUAUUAACAUGAACUGUUGUGUAAUUGGCUGUACGGUUACACAAAUACAGUGGCCAACGAUACAUUUUUUUACAAUGCCGAAAGAACCGGAGCGAAGAAAACUUUGGUUGCAAAGAGCAGGUAUAUUUGCGAAGAAUCGAAUACCUGAGAAACUUGGAAGGAGAAAACUCUAUGUAUGCCAAAACCACUUCGAUGAAUCUGACUUUCACAUAGUGACACUGAAGACAGCAAACUAUAAUCGCCGGUACAUUCUAAACAAAGAUAUUCUUCCUUAUCGAAACUUGCCACAUCACACAGACGCUGAGAAGUAUGCGUUCAAUACACCUUCCUGUUCGGUGAAACAGCCUUCAGAAUCGUAUCGGAGCCAGCCGUCACGGGAAUUUGAACAAAUGGAUGCGGAUAAUACUGGUGAUCACGAACCUGUCACCGACAACAACAAAUCGCCUUCCGCAGUCAUACAGUGCAAGGUUGAGAAAAUUGAUAAAAACACUCAAACGGACCUCCCAAACCAAACAACUAGGACACCUCCUACAUCACCGGUAGUCUUCGAAAUUGACCAACAUUCAGUCGAGGAAAAACUGCGAUACGUAAGCUUCAACCAAAAACUCAUGAAGGAACAUUCCAUGCGAUACUUGGGUGUUUUAGAAGAUAGUCUUUAUUUAUUAGACGCUCUGAGUGAAGCAACCGGACUAAAGGAGAGAGAUAUAAUGAUGGUUUUACGGAUCAUUAGAUUGGGAGAAUCUUUCGAUAUUGUAUCAGACGUUUUCGGUUUAAACUCUUUGCGGGUUUAUCAAAUUUUCGGUGAAAGCGUCCCAAAAAUAGCUCGAGAAAUGGAAGAUCUUGUGUGUUGGCCAAGUGCAGAAGAUGUUAAGAGAUCUUUACCGGAUGCUUUUCUUUCUCAGUACAGCAGCGUUCAAAGUAUUAUUGAUUGUUUUGGGAUCCACGUGCAGAAAUGCUCGAACCCGGUAGCGCAGUUGGUAACAUAUUCUCAGUAUAAAUCAUGUAACACAAUCAAGUAUCUUGUUUCGUUUACACCGUGCGGAUUGGUAAACUUUAUCUCGAAGGGAUUCCUAGGUAGUGCAAGUAAGCAGGAAAUCGUAAGCAAAUCAGGAUAUUUGGAAUGUAUUCGGGAUGGAAUGGGGGUGUUCGCAGAUAGUGGAUUCAAAAAUGUGGCAGGAGAUAUAGCAGAGCGAGGAGGGCUUCUGUUUGGUCCACCGAGCAUAUCAAAAAGUGAUUAUCUCUUUAAUGAGGAUAUCGUACUAUCCCAAGAGAUAGCAAGCGUAAGGAUACACGUCGAGCGGUUGAAGAAAAGGUUUAGAGAAUAUCGAAUAGCUGCUCCUCAUGCCGAGUUGCCUGUCUAUUUUUUUGAUAAAUGCGACAGCAUCGUGAAAAUAAUUUCCGGUUUAGUAAAUUUGCAAGGAAACUGCUGAAACGUUUGACAUUUUUAAAUUACGUCCGAUUGUAAAUAUUUUAUUUAAAAAAGUUUGAAUAAGUUAUUAUGUUAAUAAGACUGUAAAAUGAUAUUCCGACUGAAAAGAAAUCGUGACCUAAGAAGCUUAUUGUCAGAGGUUAGAAACACGAUGGUACCGAUUUAUAGAUCCGAAAAAUGAAUAGUAAAGUCCUUUUUUGUAUACCAAAUUGAUCCACUUUUUUAAGAUAAUCUCUAAAUUAGGCUAUAAAUUAUCUUCAAAUUGUAAAUUCUCAGUUUUAGGACGUCUAACAUGUAAUACAAAAAAAUGACACCGAGCGAAAACAUUGAGCCGUGUUCAAUAAACAAACUGAAUAAAUUUACAGCAUCGCAUUGAAGUGCAAAUCAA